AUGCCCAAGGAUAGAAGGGGCCGAUCUGUGUCUCGUGAUAGGUAUAGAGCAUCUCCUUAUCCAUGCAGCUCCAGUCAUACAAGGCGGCCGCCACCCAAAAUUCCUUCAGAAACUGAGGAAAAUGUGAAAGAAUGGGAAGACACCAGGUGCCCUGUUUGCUUGGAGCAUCCACACAAUGCAGUUUUACUCAUAUGUUCAUCCUAUGAGAAGGGGUGCCGCCCUUACAUGUGUGACACAAGCUACCGCCAUUCAAACUGUCUAGACCAGUACUGCAAGUCAUUUUCAGCAGAAACCUCACCAACUGUGCCACCAGAAGGAGAAAAUCAGAUUUUAGAUACUCAGUCAUCUCCAGCUGAAACUCUUGAAUCAACAAUUACUCAUGUGCAAAAUGGUAGAAUUGAGGAAGAGCCCCCCACCAUGAAUCCCAUAGCCUGUGAGCAUGAGGCACAGCCAAAGCUUUUGUGCCCCCUCUGCCGCGGGGAGAUAAAAGAUUGGAUAAUUGUGGAGCCCGCUCGUUGUUUCAUGAAUGCAAAAUCAAGAAAUUGUUCUUGCGAGACGUGUAGUUUUAUUGGAACCUAUGCAGAUCUUAGGAAGCAUGCUAGGCUGGAGCACCCACAAGCACGCCCAUCAGAGGCAGACCCAGAGCGACAGCGUACCUGGAGGAGUUUGGAACGACAGAGGGAUUUUGGUGACCUGCUCAGCACACUCCAAUCUUCAAUUGGAGAGGAUAGGGGUGAUGAUAGCAGUUUGCCAGUUGAUGAUGGGGGUUGGUUAACUGUAGUCUUUCUAGUUCGAGUAAUUCCACCUGGGGCCAGUUCAAGGAGCACUUGGUCUGGUCCCAGAAGAACCAGAGCACAAGUUAGAAUGAGAGGGAGGGCUACCACACUUUGGGGGGAGAGCUAUGAUGGCGAAGCUGCAUCUGCUUCUAGAGAAGAGGAUAAUGAUUCUUCAGAUGGCAGCACAGGUGCUAGGAGGCGCAGCGCGCGCCUUCGGCGACGGACAACACCAGACAACCAGCCAUGA